AUUGUUAUUCCGUCAAUCGGUUGAUGUCGCUGUGCGUCGUAUUACUUGCGUUAGAUGGGUGCGGAGUUUUGCAGCGUACGAACGUCAAGACGUGAUGUAUAUGUGUAUAUAUAGUUAAAAAAUGGAGUUAUGAUUUACGGAUAAAGGUUUCUUGACGUGUAAUAAUUAAUUCUCAUCUGAAUGCUUUAUUUGGUGAUAAAUAGUAUAAUUUAUUGAACACAAAAGUGAGAUCGAGUCGGCCAAACUGGACUUUUACCCAGAAGCGUUUGGACCUUGACAGGCGGAAAGAUGUUCGAUAAAAACGUCAUGUUUUUACUUCUGGCAUUAGCCCCAUUGCUGGCAGUGGUAUCCAGUGUAGAUGAUGGCCACUGCGUAUGGUAUGGUGCAUGCUAUACCGAUGAGUUACUGCAUGAAAAGAACUGCCCCUAUACUGGGGAAGCAAAGUUACUGGAUAUGUCCGGACAAAAGCUUUUAUCAAAGUGGUGUCCUCAUCUCAUGAAUGACACUGGAAAUGGCGUAAGAACGUGCUGCAGUUCAGAACAAUUAAUAACGUUAAAUAACAACGUUGAAAUUGCUGCUAAUUUCCUGCAAAGAUGCCCAAGCUGUAUGAAUAAUUUGGUCAAACAUAUUUGUGAAUUCACAUGUAGUCCUGUUCAAAGUAACUUUAUGAAUGUCACCAACAUUCAGCCUGUGCCAGAUUCGAAUAAAACAUACAUCGAUGGCGUACAGGUGUACAUUUCUGAGCGUUACAUCGAUGGUACAUACAAAUCCUGCAACAAGGUAGCAGUACCUAGCACAGGACAGUUAGCUUUGGAUAUAAUGUGCGGCGAAUGGGGUGCUAGUCGAUGUAGUGCUGAGAAAUGGUUUAAGUACAUGGGAGAUGCCGAGGGAAACCUUUAUGUACCAUUUGAGAUCGAUUAUAUUCCUACCGAUACACCAUUGAGUGGGUUUGUCCCCCUGGAUAUACCUGUUACACCAUGCAACAAAGCAUUGAGGGCUGAUACCGAAGCAUGUAGUUGUGUUGAUUGCGAAGAAAGUUGUCCAGUGCCCCCACCACUACCACCACUACCAGAAGCUUUUACUAUAUUCAACUACGAUGGCUAUGCAGUUACUAUGAUAAUCAUAUUUAUUUGUGGAUCAACAUUAUUCAUCCUGGCCGUCGUAUGCUUCAGCAACAGAAUGCAGAUUGUGGCACGAGGGGAAGAGGUUGGAAGGCAGGUUGGUAGACGUCUAGCUGCUGGGCUUCACCACCCAGGAGAUGGUGCCCGUAUUGCACUUGCAGCUGACCAGGAAGACAGCCCUCUACAAUCUAAGCGUUCCAGUGUCGUUUCGGCAGAAGACUUACCUAAUGGAUUAGAAGACGAAUGGUCAAGCUUUAUUGAACGAUUAGGCGCUGGAACUGAUAAAGUUCUACAGGAGUUCUUUUGUUGGUGGGGAACAGCCUGUGCUUCUCGCCCAUGGUCUGUUUUAUUUUUGGGAUUUCUAUUCAUUGUCACUUUGGGACAUGGCAUUAAAUAUCUGCAAGUUACCACUAAUCCAGUCGAAUUAUGGGCAUCUCCUAUCUCGCGUGCUCGUGUGGAAAAAGAAUAUUUCGACAGUCAUUUUGAACCUUUUUACAGAAAUGAGCAAAUUAUCAUCUCAGCAGUUGGUCUACCUAACAUUGUUCAUAAUACUUCCAAUGGUCUCAUAAAUUUUGGCCCUGUAUUUAACGAAACUUUCCUGAAAACUAUAUUCAAUCUUCAAGAGCAAAUAAAAAAUAUUACAACUCCGGAUAAUUACAAUCUACAAGAUAUCUGUUUCGCCCCCAAAGCCAGUCCUUUUGAGGGUCCGAUAAGAGUCUCACAAUGCGCUAUCCAAAGUAUUUGGGGCUACUGGCAAGACAAUAUGGAAAAGUUCGAAACUAGUUCAGAAGAUAAAUAUCACUACGAAGUGAACUAUUUGGAUCACUUUAAAGCAUGCACACAGAACCCGUUUAAUCCUGAGUGUUUAGCAAAUUGGGGAGGUCCUAUAGACCCGGCUAUUGGAGUAGGGGGUUUUCUAAAACCUAGACAGAGUCUUGAAAACCCUCCGUAUGAAAACGCUACAGCGAUCAUCCUCACUUUUCUUGUGAAUAAUUAUCACGAUAGAACAAAACUUCAACCAGCUUUGGAAUGGGAGAAGAGUUUCAUUGACUUUAUGAAAAACUGGACAGCUACACAAAAGCCGAGUUAUAUGGACGUGGCUUUUACGUCUGAAAGAUCGAUCGAAGAUGAACUCAACAGGGAAUCUCGAUCUGAUGUAUUAACUAUCCUUGUAUCUUAUGUGAUCAUGUUUGCCUACAUCACAGUUUCUCUUGGCCAAAUAAGAACUUGUAGUAGACUUUUGAUUGAUUCCAAAAUUACGCUUGGCCUUGGAGGUGUAUUAAUAGUGUUAGCCUCAGUGGUUUGCUCUUGUGGACUAUUUGGAUUUGUCGGACUGCCAGCAACCUUGAUAAUCAUUGAAGUUAUUCCAUUUCUUGUACUCGCGGUUGGAGUUGAUAAUGUCUUCAUUCUGGUCCAAACACAUCAAAGAGAGGGAAGACGGUCUAAUGAAUCAAUUGCCGAACAUAUUGGUCGUACACUUGGUCAAGUUGGACCCAGCAUGUUGUUAACUAGCGUUUCAGAAAGCUGUUGUUUCUUCCUUGGUGGACUGUCAGAUAUGCCUGCUGUUAGGGCAUUUGCAUUAUAUGCUGGAAUGGCAUUACUUGUAGACUUCCUACUUCAAAUUACUUGUUUUGUUAGUUUAUUGGCAUUGGAUACUAUCAGGCAAGCAAAUAGCAGACUAGAUGUUUGUUGUUUUAUUCGUGGCUCUAAAAAAGACGAUGGAGAAGAAGGGGUCGAUGGUAUUCUAUAUAAGAUAUUCAAGGUAGCCUAUGUGCCUUUAUUGAUGCAAAAGUGGGUGCGUGCAGGAGUCAUAAUUAUAUUCUUUGGAUGGCUUUGUACGAGCAUUGCGGUUGUUCCCCACAUUGAAAUAGGUUUAGAUCAAGAGCUAUCAAUGCCUGAAGAUAGUUUCGUUCUUAAGUACUUCACUUUCUUGAAUAAUUACUUAUCAAUUGGCCCUCCGAUGUAUUUUGUUGUGAAAAACGGACUUAAUUAUUCAGACACUAAAGAUCAAAACUUGAUAUGUGGUGGACAAUUUUGUAACAUCGAUUCGUUGUCCACCCAGAUAUUUACUGCAUCCAAGCUGUCAAAUAGAACGUAUAUAGCUAAACCAGCAUCCUCUUGGCUGGAUGAUUACUUCGACUGGGCAGGAUCUAGCAGUUGUUGCAAAUAUUUUCCGGCGAAUAAUUCCUUCUGUCCACAUACCGCCUUUGGUCGUGGCUGUUCGCCAUGCGAAAUUCCAUACGAUAAAUAUCACCGUCCGGCAAAUGGCACUUUUGGAAAAUAUGUAUCAUAUUUCCUACAAGAUAACCCAGACGAUUCGUGUGGUAAGGGUGGUCACGCUGCUUAUGGACAAGGUGUCAAUUACGUCACCAAUGAUAAGGGCAUGUCUGAUGUUGGGGCAUCUUAUUUCAUGGCCUACCAUUCUAUACUGAAGACGUCUGCUGAUUAUUAUGAAGCAUUGAGAGCAGCUAGAAAUUUAUCAGCCAACUUAACUACCAUGAUCAACAGCAAUUUGGAAGCUCAAGGAAGAAACAGUUCUGUUGAAGUCUUUCCCUAUAGUGUAUUCUAUGUUUAUUAUGAACAGUAUUUGACUAUGUGGCCUGAUACAUUGAAAAGUAUAGGGAUUUCACUAUCCGCUAUAUUCAUUGUGACAUUCCUGUUGAUGGGACUGGAUAUCUUUUCCUCCCUUGUGGUAGUAAUCACCAUUACUAUGAUAGUUGUCAAUAUUGGCGGAUUGAUGUACUGGUGGCACAUUACACUUAACGCUGUAUCGCUUGUGAAUCUUGUUAUGGCUGUUGGAAUAGCUGUGGAAUUUUGCAGUCAUCUCGUACAUUCAUUCUCUGUAUCAGUAGAAGCAUCACGAGUUGAACGAGCUGCCGAUGCUUUAACAAAUAUGGGCAGUUCUGUUUUCAGUGGUAUAACUCUAACCAAAUUUGGUGGAAUCAUCGUCUUGGGUUUUGCUAAAAGUCAAAUUUUCCAGGUAUUUUACUUCAGGAUGUACCUUGGAAUCGUCUUAUUCGGUGCUGCGCAUGGAUUAAUCUUCCUACCUGUGCUACUUAGUUAUAUAGGCGUGAUGUCGCGCCGAGGGCGAAAGGGAACAUAUCAACGUGGAAGAGCGUAUGAUGGAGACGCCAGGAAUCAAUCACGUAUCAACCCUACCACGCCCCUUCUUCAGGAAAUCAACCUCAACCACUCAGCCUCUUCCUACUCCAGUGUAAGUGGUGUAGACUCUGCACGGCCAUUUAUAAAUUUUUAGAAGAAACAUUAAAAAGUAUAUGAUUGAAUAAAAUCAUUCCCUGGCAAGACGUUGGGAUUCAAUGUCCAAAAAAUCAAAUCAUAUGUGGUAUUUAUCAGUGAUAUAGGCUGACUAUAACUAAUCUGGCUCUUGUUUUGCAGUUUAAAGUUUAAGUUGAAUCUCGUAUCCAACCACGACGAAUAGCUAUUGAAAAUCUUUUAUUACACUAAAUAUUAUGGAGUAAUUAUAUUUCUGUUUGUUUUUUAUUCUGCCUAUUCAUAUACAGAAUCAUCAUGGCCUUAAAAAACAUUCAUCUUCACAUUUUCGAAUCUAAAUUAAAAUUCUGAAAUUCGGAUUCAAAAAUCCAAUCGACCAUUGGACUAAGUGUGUACUAAUUUUGUACCGUACGACAAGUGCUACUUAUUCUGAAAUAGAAAAUUUGAACAUUCUGUUCAUGAAGUCUUGUAACUCAACUUGUCAGGUUACGACUACUUAAAGGUCUAUGACUUAAUGAAUCCUUAAUUUUCACCACAACGAUUCUCAUUUUACAAUAUGCCACAGUGUCCAACAGUUAAGUUCAAACAAGAGGUAUGAAAUAUGCACGGAACUGUUGAUGUUUAGUGAAUUUGAUAAUUAGAAAUACAGCUGCAAUUAAAUAAAGUGAGAGAACAUAUUGCAAAAUAAGAGUUUUAUCAGUUCAACAUAUUGCAAAAUCAUAAGCUAUGAAAUCAAAAUCUUCCUUGGUCCCAUUUCUUCUGAAGCUUAAAGAAAAGGUUUGUUUCUACUUGAUUUCACUUCUAUUUCUGAAACAAUCUAUCAGUAGUACAUAUUGCCGACGUAAAUAAAAUAAAUGUUUUUCUCUACCAUUUGAUUCAUAUGCCAGAAAAUGAAAAAUUCAAAAGCUACUUCUAUUUAACCUUGUUAAUCACUUGAACAAUACACUUGACACCACAAAUAGCCAUUUAAUAUUUCAUGGAUUAAAAUCCCUGCGUCACAAUGUAAACAAUUGAAUCAGAACUGUUUUCUAUAAAGAAAAUAAUUUUUAUACUAAAAAAAUGCAGUAAUUAGAAUAUUUAUAGUAAAUUGUAGAGCUUAACGAUACUAGUAUCAAUGGUACAUUUGCGAAAUUUUGAAUGAAUGUGGUAGGAAAAACUGAUCUGAAAACUUGUUGAUGUUCCGUGUUAAAAAAUUCUAGUAUUGAGAUUAAUUGUGCUGAGUUCAGAGAGCAAGGCCAAUGAAAAUGUAGCAGAAUUGCAACCGGAAGUGGGUUUUCCCUAUUCUUUUCCAAUCUAAUCAAUCUUCAUUAUUUGAAAAUUCCAAAGAAUCUUUACAACUGUUUGAAAUUCCACAUAUCAACUAAGACCAUUAGAUUCAUUGAACAUUUUGCAAGGCCAUCGCAAUUGAAAAUGUUGAGACUCUUCAACUAUUGUCUUAUACGAAUUCAUUCCUUGGAUGAAAUAAUACUCAGCUUGGAAUGAUAAUUCUGCAACAUUUUUGGUAUUGCUGUCUUUUGCAAUCAAUAACAACGAAAAAUGAUUUGUUAGGUAAAAAGAUAUUGGCAUCAAUAAUUUGUCAACUAAAAGUGGAUAUCCGGUAACUCUUGUUCGCUGUUCCUUUUUGUACCAAUGGGUUAUUUCGAUAGCUGGUAUUUGUGUGUCAGAUAGAAUCAUCUAAGUGAUAUUGGAUUUUAAAUUAUUGCAAACUGUCAGUAUGAUUAGUUUUAUUCCUUUUAUUUCAACGUAAUUAGUAUAAUUUAAUGAUAUAAUUAGUUUUAAGUAUUAAAAUGACCAUCCUAAAAUUCCUUAAAGUCUCUACAGAUUAUGUCACAUUUGGCUCGAUUCCUCAGCAGAUUGGUGAUGUUUCUGUUUUUUUUUUGUUUUCUGUUAAGUCAUUCUCAAUCUUCUGCAAUUACUACGUGUUACAUGUAUGGCUGUAUAUUUCUUUUCACACUUAUAUAAGUGUAGUGUUUAUAAGCUAUCGAUACAAAUAAAUAAUAUUUCUUUCAA